AUUUACGUCCGAGUUCGAACCCAAACAACGUUAUUUUUCACUGUUUUCCUACAAUCCUACCUCCUUCCGCGUCACUUUGAUCUAAACAAACAAGGCUGUAGUCGUCCGUCUGUAGUCGUCUUUGCGUUCAUCGCCGUCGCCGUGACAGCUUCGCUAGUCGCUCUCCGUUCUCCUCCUUGCACUCGCAGUGCACCGGUGAGUCAAGGAAUGUCAACUGAGAACCAGAACCAAACAGAAGUUGCGGUUGCAGAAGAGCAAGAAGCACCUCUUCUUCUAAAUCAUCACCAUCAUUCCUCGAUUCUCAUUGAUCAUCAAAAUGAAGAAGAAGACACCAUCAUUCCCUUUCCAGAUAAGCAUAUGGAUGCUCAUGCUAAGGUUAUACCUAACCAACGCCUCGCUUCUCUCGAUGUCUUCCGUGGUCUUACCGUCGCGUUAAUGAUCUUAGUUGAUGAUGUUGGAGGAGCUUUCCCAUCUUUGAAUCAUUCUCCCUGGUUUGGGGUAACACUUGCAGAUUUUGUAAUGCCAUUUUUUCUCUUUGGGGUAGGAGUUUCAAUUGGUCUGGUGUUCAAGAAAGUCUCUAGCAAACCAAAUGCCACAAAAAAAGUGAUAAUUAGGACGAUUAAGCUUUUCAUUUUGGGGCUGCUGCUACAAGGCGGCUAUUUCCAUGGGCGGGGCAAUUUAACAUAUGGAGUUGAUUUGAGCAAGAUACGCUGGCUUGGUGUACUACAGAGGAUAUCUAUUGGAUAUUGCUUGGCCUCACUGUCAGAGAUAUGGCUUUUGAAUAAUAAUGUUUUGGUUGACUCACCUGUAGCAUUUGCAAGGAAAUACUAUAUUCAGUGGAUGUUUUCUCUCUUACUCUGCUUGGUGUAUCUUUGCUUGCUCUAUGGUCUCUAUGUUCCAAAUUGGAAAUUUGAACAGUCUAACUUGGUUUGGUCUAGUCGUGGUUCUAUCAUUCAAGAUGUUCAUUGCGAAGUGAGGGGAAGUCUUGAUCCUCCAUGUAAUGCAGUGGGAUAUAUUGAUAGAUUAAUUCUUGGUGAACAUCAUAUGUAUCAGCGUCCUGUGUACCAAAGAACAAAGGCGUGCAGUGUUAAUUCUCCUGACUACGGACCAUUGCCUCCAAAUUCACCUGGAUGGUGCCUGGCACCAUUUGAUCCAGAGGGCAUUUUGAGUUCACUGAUGGCAGCAAUUACAUGUUUCAUAGGGUUGCACUUUGGGCACAUACUUGUGCUUUUGCAGGACCAUAAGCAGAGGGUGUUUCUUUGGUCCACAUUUUCCUUCUCUCAACUGUUAAUGGGAUACAUUCUGGAGAUCUUAGGAAUUCCUUUAUCAAAAGCAUUAUACACAUUAAGCUACAUGUUUAUCACUGCCGGAGCAUCAGGCUUGGUCUUGACUGCUAUCUAUUACAUCGUGGACAUAGAGAACUUCAGAAAGCCUACAGUCUUACUACAAUGGAUGGGAAUGAAUGCUCUUAUUGUAUAUGCGUUGGCUGCUUGUGACAUUUUCCCAUCUCUUAUCCAGGGUUUCUAUUGGCGUUCUCCUGAAAAUAACUUGGUUAACGCCACAGAAGCUUUAUUACAGACCGUAUUUCAUUCAGAAAAGUGGGGCACAAUGGCAUUUGUAAUAGUGGAGAUUUUGUUCUGGUGUCUUUUUGCUGGUUUCCUCCACAAGAAAGGGAUAUAUAUAAAAAUGUGACAGAUGAUGCAAUCAUGCAAGACAUGAAUUGACGUGUAAAUGUAUGUUAUUAUAUAUCGUUAUCCAAGUACAUAUCUUUCUUUA